AUGAGCGGCGGCUUUAGACCCCUGACCCUCGUCAGGCCGUUCCUGUCAAUCUUGCCGGAUGUCGCGCCCGCCGAGCGCCGCGUGCCCUUCAAAGAGAAGGCCGUCUACACCGCCGUUUCCCUGUUCAUCUUCCUCGUGUGCUCCCAGCUGCCGCUGUACGGCAUCAAGGCCAGCAGCGGCGCAGACCCGUUCUACUGGGCGCGCGUCAUCAUGGCGUCCAACCGGGGCACGUGCAUGGAGCUGGGGAUCAGCCCGAUCGUCACCAGCGGCCUGGUGAUGCAGCUGCUGGCGGGGUCGAAGAUCAUCGAGGUGGACAACACGUACAAGGCGGACAGGGAGCUCCUGAAUGGCGCCCAGAAGCUGCUGGGGGUGCUCAUCACCAUCGGCGAGGCCGUGGCCUAUGUCGUGUCCGGCAUCUACGGGGACGUCCGCGAACUUGGCGCCACCAACGCGAUCCUCAUUAUCCUGCAGCUUUUCAUUGCUGGCAUCAUCGUCAUCUGUCUGGACGAGCUGCUCACCAAGGGCUACGGGCUGGGGUCUGGCAUCUCACUCUUCAUCGCAACCAACAUUUGUGAAAACAUCAUCUGGAAGGCAUUCAGCCCGUACACCCUCAACACUGCCGGUGUCCCAGAGUUUGAGGGUGCAGUGAUCUCCCUGGUGCAGCUGAUGAUAACGCGGACAGACAAGGUCCGGGCCCUGAAGGAGGCCUUUUAUAGGCCCAACCUGCCCAACAUCACCAACCUGCUGGCCACUAUUGCCAUCUUCAUGGUGGCUAUAUACUUCUCGGGCUUCAAAGUCGACCUGCCAGUUCGGAGCAAGCGCACGCGUGGCCAGCAGAGCAGCUACUCCAUCAAGCUCUUCUACACGUCCAACAUGCCCAUCAUCUUGCAGUCUGCCCUUGUGUCCAACCUGUACUUCUUCUCUCAGCUGCUCUACAGGAGGUUUAGCAACAACUUCUUGGUUGCCUUGUUCGGCCGUUGGCAGGAGUCAAAGUAUGGCACUGGGCAGAUGAUUCCUGUUGGCGGCCUGGUGUACUACAUCUCUCCUCCGGGCAGCUUUGCAGAGGCAGCCAGCAACCCGCUGCACACGCUGUUCUAUAUCACUUUCAUGUUGUCCGCCUGUGCCCUCUUCUCGAAGACAUGGAUCGAGGUGUCUGGGUCUUCUGCAUCUGAUGUUGCCAAGCAGCUCAAAGAGCAGCAGAUGUUCUUCAUGGGCCACCGUGACACACACCAGGCCCUCAAGAAAGAGCUGAACCGGUACAUCCCCAUCGCCGCUGCCUUUGGUGGGAUGUGCAUCGGCGCCCUCACCAUUGUUGCGGACUUCAUGGGUGCCAUCGGCUCGGGGACUGGCAUCCUGCUGGCAGUCACCAUCAUCUAUCAGUAUUUUGAGACAUAUGAGAAAGAGAUGAAAGAACAGCGAGGCGGGGUGUACUGA